CUCGAAUGAAGAUAUCCCUGCUGCUCAUUUAUUCUCUCCUGCUUGGGUGCUUCUUUUGCUUGGACGGCCUUCGUUUUCACAUCGGCCUUGCAACGGUCUUCUUUUCGUCUCAGACUCGACGUUGAACUACCAGAAGCCUUCCAAUAGCACUAUCGCUGUCCCCACGAGGUGUUUGUUAUCUUGAAUAAACCCGAUGCUUAUGAUACUGUGACGUCCUCUGGUGGUGCAUCAAGGUUCACUGUUCACCCAAUACCGGUAGUAGUAGGAGGAUCGGCACUUCCUGUUUUCCAUCGGUGACAUGUUAUUCCUGUCUUCUCUAACGCGGUACUUUCUACUCUGCAUACUGUAAAGCUAGGCACAACUGGAUCCGCGGUUUUUUUGAUACUGACUAAGACCCUUGGUCCGAAUUAUUUUUCGUCUCCCCACAAUGUCUGGUUCCCGUCCUCUUGACCCCACACUCUACGCGCUGACCAAUGACGAAGCUUCCUUCUUCAAAUCCCAGACUGGGAUUGAAGACGAUGUCACGCUCAAGAGCCAUAUUUCUGAGGUCCAGGAAGAAGCGUACAAGAUAUGCCCUUAUCCAUGUAUUCGUCGGUUUGCAUUCACAAAAAUGUACAUUUCGAGAUAUCCAUGUUAUCAGAGGUUUCUGAAUCUCGGAAAAGAGCGUAAAGGAGCCAUCUAUGCCGACAUUGGAUGUUGCUUCGGCAAUGACCCCAGAAAGGCGGUCCUGGAUGGCUAUCCCGUCAAGCAAGUUCUAGCCUCCGACUUGCGUCCUGAGUUUUGGGACCUCGGACACAGACUCUUCAGGAGCACACCUGAUAAUUUCCCGGCACGUUUCAUCCCGGCCGAUAUCUUCCAGCUGGAAGAUUUGCCGAAGAAAGGAGACUCUGUCUCUGAACUUUCCCAAGUAAAAUCCAUGGGCGAACUCAGAGGGAGUAUCUCCGCCAUCCACACAUCAGCUCUUUUUCAUCUCUUUGAAGAAGAAAGGCAGCUCGAACUCGCAAGGAAUCUGGCUGCUUUACUGUCGUCUGAACCUGGGUCCAUGAUUUUUGGAUCGCACGGCGGUCGACCGAAGAAAGGAAUCCGCAUCGAGGUCGCCCCCGGUUGCAAUAACGAUAGAAAUAUGUUUUGCCACUCACCUGAGAGUUGGCGAUCACUAUGGGAUGGCGAAGUAUUCCCCAGAGGCACUGUUCGCGUCGACGUGUCCCUGGAUAAAACGGAGCGCCCAGAUAUGGUAACACUUGAUCCUAGUGUCCAACAAUAUCUCCUAGUUUGGUGCAUAACGAUUCUGUGAUCUGUAAUCGACGCCAAAACAGCCUGGUUGUUAACAGAACCAUUGCGCCAGUGGUUGUCUUGAAUAAUAUAUUGUUGUGUUGUUACAGCGCCAUUACCAU